CGUUACAGCAAAAACCCGCUGAGCUGCACGGCAACAACAAGCUCAAAGCUCAGUGCGACAGCCUCCGUCUGCUCGAGCUCCAACUGUCUUUACAUCCUGAGGACUUUCACAUCCUGAGAGGACAUGCAGUGCAGUUUUUCACCCAUGUGUGGGAUGAGCUGCCGAUGAGAGCAGCUCUUUUUAAGACUGACUAUUGACUGACUGACUUCAAACCUGGAAAAGCACCAUCACUACCCUGUGACAUCAGAUAUCUGGAGACGCACUGCCACCCUUCGCAUUAGAGAGCCACUAUGUCAGUCUCCAUGGCAACAAACUCAUACUCAUCCAUCAACCGCUCAGUGGUAUCUGCGAGCCCAGCAGGUGCUAAUGUCACAGCGUGGAAGCGUGACGACCUGCUGGCAGUGGCUGAGAUCGUAGUGCUGGCGGUCAUCCUGGUGAUGGCGCUGCUCGGGAACGGCCUGGUGCUGGUGGUGUUGCUGCGGCGGAGACGACACCAUAACCAGCUGCACCAGUUCAUGCUCAACCUCUGUCUGGCUGACUUGGUGGUGGCUCUGUGUCAGGUGUUGCCACAGCUGGUUUGGGACGUGGAGGGACGCUUUCCCGGCCCCGACUUUCUGUGUCGUCUGGUCAAGUACCUGCAGGUCCUCGGCAUGUUCGCCUCCUCCUAUAUGAUUGUCGCCAUGACGAUGGACCGCCACUAUGCGAUCUGCUGCCCCCUGCAGGCGCACCGUAGGGGGGCCACACAACGCUGGAACAAAUUCAUAAUGCAGGCCUGGGGUCUGUCACUGCUGCUCAGCCUUCCACAGGUUUUUAUCUUCUCACGUUCAGAAGUAGCUCCAGGGGUUCACGAGUGUUGGGGCACCUUUGCCGAGUCCUGGGGCCUCAAAGCUUACGUGACCUGGAUGACUGUGGCUGUCUUCAUCCUCCCCGUCCUCAUUAUCACUGUCUGUCAGGUGCGAAUCUUCAAGGAGAUCUACAAAAAUCUGCACCUGAAGUCAAAGCGCCGCCUCUCCCCAACCUCCCAUGCUCUGUCCAGACAGGACGGCCAGAGAGGAGACGGAGAAGGCAGCAGAGGGACGUCCAGUCUCUCCCUGUGUGUUUCACCUUUCCUGUGCAACAGCCCCGUUGGUGACACCACCAGCUUUGAGCACGAAUCCACCGACCAGCACCGCCAAAUGAGUCCGCUCAGAUCCAAUAGCAUCACUUCACAUUGUGAUAAUCACACCAACACUUCCGAUCAUCCUGCUGAUCUACAGCACGAGGCAGUGCCCGCCUCUACAGCGCCCUCUCCUGUUUGCUACUACCUGCCAAAAGCCCCUGAUGCCCGGAAUGAAGAGGUGUCAGCGGCCAUGUCCAAAACAGUGAGGAUGACGCUGGUUAUAGUGCUCGUCUACUCACUCUGCUGGGCACCGUUUUUUUGUGUCCAGCUGUGGGCCGCCUGGGACCCUGAUGCCCCUAAGGAUGCUGCAGUGUUUACCUUGCUGAUGCUGUUGGCCAGUCUGAACUCGUGCACCAACCCCUGGAUCUACUCCUGUUUCUCCAGCAGCGUCUCUGUGGAGCUCCGCCUGCUGCUGUUCUGUCGCAGACUCUCGCAGCGCCGAGACUCUUUACCCAACGACUCCACCACCACACACAACUCCAACUUCUGAGCCACAGACACGUCUUCCACCACCUGCACGUCACACACACACACACACACACACAAAUACACUACACAGAGUCUCUACAGUACUGCAUCUUCACGCUGUGUGACAGAAAUCAUAUUUUACCUUUUUAUUUAAUGUAAAUGCUGUAAAAUAUGUAAUAUAGUAUAGAAUAUUUCAUAUAUGGAGUUGCUAGUAAACCAGGUGGUGAUUUAUUUUUAGUUACACUUUUGGAAUAAAAAGAAUAAAUCAUCAAUUAGUGAGGUGUAUUCAUCUUUACAAAUGGAAUUGGAAAGUCUAUAAAUAAUAUAAAUAUAUCCCGCAGUGUUUAUCAUAGACAGCAGCAUUAACUAUUUAAAGGGGUAAUUGUGAUAAAUGUUUCAUUUUUCCAUCUAAUGCAUAGUAAAUAAAUAA